GCAUUGCUUGGAAGCAGCACCUCUGGAGCACGUUGUAACUUGAGUUUUGGCAUACGGUUGCAGUCUAAGUAGAUUUAUUUGAGCAAAAUGGUUGAACAAUUUAUGGGAACGUGGAAACUGACAGCCAGCGACAAUUUUGAUGAAUACAUGAAGGCGAUAGGUGUGGGUUUUGCUACACGCCAGAUGGGAAACCUCGUCAAGCCAAACUUGCUGUUCAGCGUGGAUGACCAGGGCGUGAUCUCCAUGAAGGCUCAGAGCACAUUUAAGACGACAGAAGUGAAAUUCAAGUUGGACGAGGAGUUUGAUGAAACGACUGCCGAUGACCGGAAAACAAAGACCAUGAUUACCCUGGACAACGGAAAACUCGUUCAGAAACAGACGUGGGAUGGCAAGGAAACUACAAUUGAACGAGAUAUUCAAGAUGGAAAGCUGAUUGCGAAAUGCACGAUGAAUGAUGUGGUGUCUGUGAGAACCUAUGAACGGGAGGCAUAAUUUUUCUACCACAUCAAGUUUCAUGUUUCUGAUUGGCCAUGGACAUCUGAUUUGCUUAUGGGACCAUGCAUGUACGCGCUAUGUUAAACGUGCUUUGAUUAAAAUGUUCUUUUCGGAGUAA